AUGUUACUAAGUAUCACACCACACGAGUAUCACACCACACAAGUAUCACACCACACGAGUAUCACACAUCACGAGUAUCACUUCACACGGGUAUCACACCACACGAGUAUCACAACUCACGAGUAUCACACCUUACGAGUAUCACACCACACGAGUAUCACACCUCAAGAGUAUCACACCACACGACUAUCACCACACGAGUAUCACACCUCACGAGUAUCACACCACACGACUAUCACACCUCACGAGUAUCACACAACACGAGUGUCACACCUCACGAGUAUCACACCACACGAGUAUCACCACACCACACGAGUAUCACACCACACGAGUAUCAACCACACGACUAUCACACCUCACGAGUAUCACACCACACGAGUAUCACACCUCAAGAGUAUCACACCACACGACUAUCACCACACGAGUAUCACACCUCACGAGUAUCACACCACACGACUAUCACACCUCACGUGUAUCACACAACACGAGUGUCACACCACAAGAGUAUCACACCACACGACUAUCACACCACACGAGUAUCACACCACACGAGUAUCAAGUCACACGAGUAUCACACCUCACGAGUAUCACUUCACACGAGUAUCACACCUCACGAGUAUCAAGUCACACGAGUAUCACACCACACGAGUAUCACACCACACGAGUAUCACAUCACACCACUCGAGUAUCACAUAA